UCUUUCGGUUCUAAAUAAGGCUCUCUGUGGAGCAGCGGGUAGUUCCUCGCCUCUUCAUAACUUACGUGUGAUAGUAACAGUGAGAUCGUCGUAUGCAGCGGCUUCCUAAAGAGAGAGAAAAAAACAUUUUAUGAGCAAAAUAAAACUGCGCGCUAGUUCCACCCGAAUCCACGGUACGGAUGAUACAAGCACUGGCGCUCAUCGUCGACUCUUCUGCAUGAAAAUCCCCCCCUGAUUCCAGGCGCCGAGUUUGGAGAUCCUGUACGCCGUGAGACUCCAGGGGUUCAUGUAUUGGAAAAAUGAGGUUCUGUCCCCUCUGUCAGAGGGAAAUAAGGUUCUGUCCGAGGGAAUUCCCACGAAACAGGUGAUCUCUACCGAGCAACAGAACACACCGGGAGCCUCGCGCUGUGUGAACGCUAAACACACACCAAUGUCUCAUUCGGACGGAGAGUCCCAGCGGUCCAACAUGGAGCGGGAGGACACCCGCUCGUCCCCGAGCCCCCCGUCCACCCCCUCGGUGUGUUCACCGACCUCCACCGCCAGUUCGGUGCCGUCCACCGGGAAGAAUCUGUGCGCCAGCUGCGGUCUGGAGAUCCUGGACAGAUACUUGCUCAAGGUGAACAACCUGAUCUGGCACGUGCGCUGUCUGGAGUGCUCCGUGUGCAGGACGUCGCUGCGUCAACACAGCAGCUGCUACAUCAAGAACAAGGAGAUCUUCUGCAAAAUGGAUUAUUUCAGUAGGUUUGGUACUAAGUGUGCCCGCUGUGGUCGGCAGAUAUACGCCAGUGACUGGGUGCGCCGGGCAAGGGGCAACGCAUACCACUUGGCAUGUUUUGCGUGCUACUCUUGUAAGAGGCAGCUGUCCACGGGAGAGGAGUUUGGCUUGGUGGAGGAGAAGGUCCUGUGUAGGAUCCACUAUGACACCAUGGUGGAGAACCUCAAACGAGCUGCUGAGAGCGGCAGUGGCAUCACUUUAGAGGGAGCAGUUCCAACAGAACAAGACAGCCAACCCAAACCGGCCAAAAGGGCACGCACCUCCUUCACUGCAGAACAACUACAGAUCAUGCAGGCUCAGUUUGCCCAGGACAACAAUCCAGAUGCCCAGACGCUGCAGAAGCUAGCUGACAUGACAGGCCUUAGCAGGAGAGUUAUACAGGUGUGGUUUCAAAACUGCAGAGCAAGACACAAAAAGCACACGCCCCAGCACAGUGGGGCUCCUCAAGGUCAUCCCCAGUCCCGGAUCCCCUCCUCCCUGCCAGACGAGCUGCAUUACUCCCCCUUUGGCAGUCCUGAAAGGGCGCGCAUGGUGGCCCUUCACGGGUACAUCGACAGUCAUCCCUUCUCCAUGCUGACCUCGCAGAGUCUCCCCCACCAGGCCAUGUCGCUGCCCCAGCUCCCCCUCAGCCGCUAGCAGCCCCAUCGCCACCCUCGUGACCCAUAACCUCUGGACCCGUCCCAUCACUGACGUCCGCCAACCUGACCCGCAGGUCAAACGGGAGUCGGCUUUGGAGAAAAGACAAAUCUUACCAUGGAUCCGCCACACCC